AGAGCUGCAAGAAGAUAUAAGCUGUAAAGGUUCACUAGAGACUUGCUCUUCAAUUUGCGCACUUCUAAAUUCCUCCGCUUGGCUGAACUGAAAAAAUGGAGCCCCUGGAGAACUCCACAGCAUCACCCAAACGCCUCUUCCUCCUGCACACACAGAACAGCGCCGGAUCCCAGUCGGGCAAAACCGACGGGAACGCGUAUUUAUUCAUAUUAAUAGUCAUGUCUUUCUACGGAGUUUUCCUCAGUGGUAUAAUGCUCGGUUACUUCCGCUCCAAGAGGAGGGAGAAGAGGAGAAUCAAUAUCUUCACGCGCCUGAUGCACGAGGAGCAGCAGCGAGAGUGGGGCGCAUUGCCCAAGAAGCACAGCUACACCUUUCCCGCCACUGUCUCGGAACUGGGCUCGGUACAGGUAUCCCUGCCUUUCUGCGGUAACCAAGGCGGUCACUUUGGAAACCUCCACUACGAGGGCGUACUACCCUCCCCGCUGGCGUGCGCGCUGUGCACGGCGCAGAGCAGCAUCAGCUCCCUGUGUUCCUCCGCGGACACGCGCUUUACCAUAGAGGAGGAAUCUGACAGUGGCACGGCGGAGGGUCCGGAAGAGAACAUGAAGGGAGGAUCCGAGCACAGCGGAGAUGAUUCAGGCUGAACCCCGUCAAGAGAAGCUGAGUGUUAACGCUCCAUGGCCAAAAAGAGGAGACACGUCACCCGGACAGAAGACAAGGAGGAUGUCAGGCUUCAUAUCACAGAGGCCCAAACAGUCCAACCAUCAGCAACGCUGAAUCACCUAUUUGCAAUGAAACUUCCAAAACCAACAUUAUCAGUGAUGUAAUAGCCAUACAAGGGCUUAACAAAGGCAAACCAACCCUA